GGAGGAAGAGCUGGGCAUGCAGAGACUGCAGAUCCGACAUGCAUAUAAAACACAAACAUAAGACAUGGGUCGAGUUUGUGCAGAUCAUCCCUGAAAAAGACGGAAGCAGCGUCGCUGUGCUGAAACACAACAGAAGACAAAUCCUAUAGUCAGUCAUCCACUGACAAACACGUGCUGCAGGGAAGAUGCGACUGUUGGGUUGCUAAGCCAAAGCGAGGCAGCUAGGAGAGAAAGAAGCAUGCCGGGGGAGAGCGCUCACAGAUCUGUGCCCGCCAACGACCAUCCAGGGCGGGGAGAGGACGACAUCGGGCUCCCCGAACCAGGCAAAAGCAGACAUCCAUCCGCGGCGUCUACACCCAGUGACAGUGGCUCUUCGCCUUCUGACAGUGGUUCCAGUCCUUCUCCCAGCACUCCUCAGAAGCUACUACAAUCACACACGUCCCCAUUUGGACCCAGACUAUUUCAUGCAACACCUAACUCCACUGGGACUCCAAGACCUCAACCUGAAGGGUCUGACCAUCGACACAAAAACCUGCCGAGAUUGUCCGGAAAGUUAGGCGGUCAUGGACCUUGUGGCCGCCUUGUCCCUGUAAAAAUGGAGAGAAUCAAAGUCCUGACUGGUUCUGAGGUGGAGAGUGAUUAUCCAGAGCCAAAGACCAUGGACACAAGGGUGGUGAUGGGUCAGGAGACACUCCUCAAACCGUCAGAGAUCCUGAAAAGGACACGAUUAGAUGGACACUGUGGCCAGGCUAGCCCAUCAUCAGUUAUCCAAAGCUUUGCUGAAGCUCAGACAAAGGCAAACAAGACCCAGAUGGAAACAAACGAUGACGAGUGCAAAAUUAAAAACCUGGAAAAAGAAGAUAAACAAACAGAACAUGCUCCACCCUCAACUAUUUACGUUUCCCCUGUGAACAGUCUUGCAAUACCCUACUCCUUGUCCUCCUCAUGUCUGGAGCCUGUCACAAAUGAUGAGAAUUUGAUGUCAAAGGAAGAGGCUCAAAGCCUUGCUAAUGUUGAAGUGCCUUCCCAAUCUGUCCAUGAGCAAGCCUGUCCGGUGAGUCUGUCCUUUUCUGAGCCGACUUAUUCUGUCGAUCCACUUCGAGUGGGCCUUCCCUCAUCCCUCGACCCUGACUUGUAUUAUACUGCCCCUUCCACUCCAAUCAAGAUGGCGUCACGCUCCUCACAUCUCAAACAUCAUUCAUAUCCUGGAUCUCCUGCUUUCUCCCCCUCGCCAGGCUUACCCUCAGACAGCGACGACCUCUGCUCCCCUGUGACCUCCCCCUCUGGCUCUUAUAUGACAGCUGAGGGAGGAAGCUGGACCUCCUCCUAUGCAUCUUCUGCCUCCCCCUUCCACUUCUCCCAACCUGCUGCUCGCCGAAGACACACAGGAGGCUCGUGCUUGUUUUGUUGGCUCCUUGUCGGAAAUCGGAGAUGAAGUUGGCGAGGACAAGGUGCGAACAAGUCCAGAGCGUGAGAAUGAGACGGUAAGGGAAUUAUAUAUGCACUCUUCUGAGGAUAUCAUUAACCCACGGCUUGGGAUAACAGGUACAACAAUACUUGAAGAGGAAGAUGCUCAAAAUGAUGAAGAUGACACCAGGAUUUCCAGAGAAAGUUGUCGUCCUUGUUGGGUGACUGAGCAUAAACCUCCACCAAGGAGCAGUAGCAGCCACACCAGUGACUCCCAGGAAUAUGGUGGAGAGUCUGAGAGUUCUCUCUGUCAGCUAGAGGAGGCUAGUGCAAGGAUUGAGGAUCACUGCAGACCCAUGCAUACGCUUCUCAAACUGCAACUGGACCCAUGUAUAUCCGAGGUAGAUUACAGACACACAGCUGAUCAGCGAGAGAAAACCUCCACAGAUGUCACUCCUGAUAUAGCCUCAUCUAACCCUAGUCCUGACUCACCUGUCGAUCAACUUUAUUCGUUCUGUCCUGGAACCUUUGGUAGGCCUGGCCCCAGUUCUUUUAUGUUUUCUCAGACAGCUAGUGCUGAGGAUUUACCAGAAGAAGAAAGGAUGAUCCCUGUCUCUCUCCUCCCAUUUCCUCCUCACACGAGCCUUAUUUUUAAAGCAGAUUCCUUUGAAAUCACUCUCUUUCCCACUGAAGAUGACAAUGAAGUAGUCAUGGACAGAAAUGAAGGCAAGGAUGUCGAUGCAUAUGCAGCAGGGGAGGAGGAAGCGGAUGUUGAAGAUGGUGAUGAAGAAGAUGACGAUGACUAUGUUGAUGAUGAUGCCAGUGUUAAUAAAACUGUGGACGGUGGGCAUGAUGAUGUUGGCGAUGAUGAUGAUUAUAAUUAUGAUGAUGACACUGACAACAGUGAUGAGCCGGUUAAGGAAGCUAAGGUGGAGGUGAAAGUGGCUGAAGAGGAGGAAGAAGAUGAAGAAGAGCAAGAUGAUGAAGAGGGCAAGUGUAUCAGGAAAGUAGUGGAGGGUGCUACCGAUGAGGACAGCUCAGCCUCCUUUCUUCAUACACUCUCAGAGACAUCUAUAAAUGAGGGUCUGGAUGACUUCUUCUGCUUCCAAGACGAUACAGAUGACUCAUUAGAUUCUGCUUCCUAUAAUGGAGAGGAAGAUGAACGCCUGUACAGUACUGAGAGGCAUGCACAGUCACUAGAACCAACACUCGAUUCUACUGAAAUACCAUCAAAAUCUGAAACUGGAUCUGCCACUGCAAUUGAUAUAACUGAAUCUUUGCACACGCAGCAAAGUCCAGAUCCAACAGUGAAUCACUCUGAAACAACUUGUCCUUCUGCAGACGUGUCCACUGAGUCCAAAUGCAAUGAAAUCAAACACAAAUCUGCAGAAGCACCAGGAUGUUGCAGUCCGUUAGAAAAAACAAAACCGCCAGAAGUGGAUGAGAUCUCGGGAAAAUCAUUUACAGCUUCCGAUCAGUGCGAAUCUUCUAUCAAAAACAGUGCGAAUUCAAUUGAGAUGAUAAAAGAUUUUGUCUCUUUAGAGGAAUCUAAACACAGCCCUUGUGAUACCUCUCACAACAACACUGCUGCCCAAUCCUACCCCUCACCUUCUCCUGGGAGACUAGAGACUACAUACCCUUGUAGUCCAGUUCUUCAAAAUGAAUCAGCAGAUGAGGAUGAUAUGAAUGAUGUUAGUGUAGAACAGCCCAAUGAAGGCACAGAAGAUCCCACUCCAGAAAGGGAUUCUUAUAAAUUGCUCAUUAAGCAUAGUCAUUAUCAAUCAGGAAGUCAUGUCGUUGCAGGAACAAGUAGAAUUGUAUCAUCACGGUGGUCCUCCAAUAGAUCUGAUAAACCUGAGAGAGAAGACCAGACCAGGAAUAAUAAAAACAGCAGAGUAGACAUUACAAGCAUAGACUGUAGAGCCACUGAUUUGGGUUUCCCUAGUUUGGGUAUGACCACUGCUACUAAUGACUUGAAUAAAGGUGUCCUUCCUCUCUCCUAUCCUAAAGAGCCCAGUCCCAACCCCAGUAAUAUCCCAAUCUCUCCAUCUCCGGGGGUUAUUUUAGGACUUGCCGACAACCUGACCUUGACUCCUGAACAUUGCCCUGGUGACUCGGGUCAGGAGAACUUGAGUACUGACGAGAGGGCACUUGGAGCAUCAGGAUCCCCUCACUCUCCUCUAGCAAUCUCACCCAAAAGAGAAAAUUCAGAAACAGAUACAAGAAGGGAAAUUGAUCCUGGACCCAGGAUUUGGUGUGAUGAUAAGACUGGAUUACAUUCAGGAUCCAUGUCUGAAUUUGGAGUAUGGGGAGCAGGAGAUUCUCUUUCCUUGUCUCUGGGGAAGAAGUAUGAGUUAGAGGCAGAGAGUGUACUUAUGUGUGACACACGAGGCCGGGGGACAGAGACUACUGUGAUUCCUAACAUGAAUAGUGAAGGGUACAAAAAAUAUGACAUUGAUUUUGGUUAUGUUCUGGAGACAAAAGAUAACAACAGAAUGGAUGGAAAGAGGCAUCGGAAAGAAGAUAAAGAACUGAUAGUAGAGGGGACUUCUGAGUCUGAUUUGGUUUGCUGGAAAUCAAUUGAAGAGAUUUUGGAGGCAGAUGGGGGAGAGAGGAGAUUUCCUAACGAUGAUGUCAGUAAUCUAAAUCACAACAAUGAUGGAGAUUACACAGACACACAAAUACAAGUAACGUGGAUGGAUUCCAACAAUAAUAAUGACUCUACCUUUGAUUCACUGGAAAUAGCAAUGCGUGAAGGACUGAAUGCUCUGUCAGAGGAAGUGAGACCCGAAUUUGUGAGUGUCAAGGUCAGAGAAUCAGUUUCUAAUAUUCCACUUGAAGAGAUGCCAUUCAGGGUUUCUGUCACGCCCCAUGAUGAACAAGAACGAGCAGGCGGUUCUGUAGCCCAAACAUCACACACGACACAGACACCAUCCUCAGAAGAAUGUUAUUGUAGCUUGCCAUUAAAUAACACCAGCGAGGGAAAAUCUGCAACAAGUCAACAUCUCAACAGCAUAGCAGAAAGAAGUCCAGACGAUCCGACAAUCACCCAAGAUAGUAACAUUGCAAUUUAUUUACUUGAUGGAUCAUUUGGUUCCUUUAAUCCUAGAUGUAAAUCGAAUGCACCUGCACCCAUUCAAGGUGCAAAUAAUGGUUUGCCAUCAGAAUCAGAUGAGGUGCUGGUGCAGCCUGAAACAAGUGAUGCCAGUCCUGUGACUGAUAGACUUGUUGAUGAACCAAAGACUAAAGAUGCCUUUAAGGGACAGCAGUGUGUGGGUUUGAACUCAGGGAUGGAUGAGGAAGAAAAUGCCAAGAAAUUUAAAAAGGGAUGCGCAAAGAACUAUAGAAAGAAAAAAGAAACUCCGUCUUCCCCACAAACUACCUUGGAGGGUUUUCCACAUGACACUGCUAAGGAUGCACUUUCCACAGAGAAAGCUGGCGCUAUGAAGAAAGGGCGAAGACGGAAACAACACAAGGCCUCUAAGGCGGUGACUAAUUUGGACUCCAGCCCUGAAAUUGCUGAUGAUGAAAAG